UGUAUGCAGUUGCAAGGUGAUUAACAAUUGCUGGAACCGUAGUCGCAUGGCAACCAUGAACCCGAUUUACCCGGCUUUGCGUUUUCUAUCUCGGUUCCAAGCCUUUUUUACCUGAGAUUGUUGUAUACCAAUAAGACUUUCACUUUUUUAAAUCGGCUUGUAUAUAUCGAUCAGUGUUAGUUUCUCACAUCAGACGGACUAUUAAGUGUAAAAAAAAAAAAAUUAUCAUGGAAGUUUCUCAAAGGCCCAGAACGACAGAGAUGACCUUUUGGUCAAGGUACGAUCCAAUUAGGCAGGUGAAAGGAUCCACAGAUCACUGGGCCAAGUACAGACAAGAGACAGCGCACCGCGCUCAACAAAGGGCCAGGGUUGUUAGUUACGCACAGGGUAGAAACAUUCCUUAUAAAGAGAAAACUUUUGAUGAAUUGGUUGUAGAUGGUUUACGAGGUACAAUGCCCGGUGCAUAUUCCAGUAGCCGUCCCAAGAGCACUUUUAACAAAAACCAUUAUAGGAAUGUGUUCUCUGAGCGAGCCAAAGAGGGCUUCCGGUACUGGCUGAUACAACGUCCUAAACCUACAAGUUUCGGAAAAUACGGAAUGGGUUCAUAUAAAACAGUUCUAGGGAUUGGAAACGCUCCGAGGUCGUGAUUUGGAAAAUACAGCCUUGGUGCCAAUCAUUCAGUCAUAGGAUUAUGUAAUGCUCCAAGAACUUAAUUUAUUAAUUAUUUAUCAUUUAAAUUUAUUUUUCAACGCACUAAUCUAUGUAUACAUGUAUCUGGUUUUAUUGUAUCUGUAAAAGAAACGAAUACUAGUGUUAUGUUAUUUAAAAUUGUGAUAAAAAGCGGGAAAUGGUUCAUAAAUUAGUUUUGCACAUCCAUUUUGUCGCCACGGUGUCUGUCGGUGCGUGAAGAGCCCUUGUGUGGCAGCUUGCCAUGAAAAGAUCGAAUCUUUCUAACGUGAAUGAUCGAUAUUUCUGCUAGGACUACAUCAAAAAAGAAAUUAUGUUGUGGUUGAAUUCAAUUAAUUACUUUUUAUUGUUAUGAUUUUUGUCUCUUCUAAAUUUUUUGGAACGACAUUCUUACCACCGCAGUAUUAGCUUGUAUAUAUGCAUUGAUCGAGUUUAGACAUUUGCAUGAUUUAGAUAAUUUCUUCGUUGUAUUAGGUUACCUCGUCAUUUUUUUGUAUACAUGUCAUAAAUAAUGCAAUUUUGCAAUAAAAGAACUAUAAUA